AUGCCGCUGUCUCCGACCACCCCAGCUAGUGAGACCAUCACCAAUUUCUUUCUCUUCUCAUUCUCUAUUAAACCCCCAAAGCAAAUCACUCAAACAAACCAGAUUAGAGGGAGAUCGAACAAGCUAAAGCACGGCUAUGUUCAUCUUUUCCGGCAAGCUCCGGCGGCGACGGCGAUAGAGAAGGGGUUCGAGUCUUUGGUUUAUUCCGAAGCUUUUUCGGGCAUCAGCGAGCCUAGCUACCUACCAGACGAGCUUGGAGGCAGCUGCUGUGUUGUUUCGGAAAACAGAGGCGUUGCUGCUGUGUUGUUUUGGACAACAAAGGCGUUGCUGCAGUUGUUCCUAGCAUGGGACAAGUUUCUAGACUUUGUUCUGUUCAAUCUGAAGGAAGGUCAUGGCGAAAUUCCGGCAAGUUGCUGGAAUCCGACAGAAUAUUCCGGCAAGGGGCGGAUCUGGCAGAAGCGAUGGAGGUAGUGAUUGAUGUUUCCUUUUCGUUUUAUGCCGCUUCGGAAACAGAGGUUCUUCCCUCCACAGGGUUACGGGUCACCAACAGACCAAUUAACGGCGCGUGGAGCGCACGCGCAAACAGUCACACACAAAAAAAGCGACGUUCGGCCUUUCUACCGCGGCUGUAGGAGGGCAUCAAACCCAGAAAGCAAAUUGAGCUCAUCUGGUGGUAGUGAUGGUCCAGGCUCUCUCAUCGUUGCGUGGGUUGUUGAUCAGAAGUCUGAAUGAAAUAAUGAAAUUCAAUGGACAAAUCCUCAUGCUCCAGCCUCCAGGUUAUCUCACAGAUGAACCCAGAAAGUAUCGAAAACCCAAAAACACAAAUCGUCAAAACCCAAUCGAAUCCAAUAAUAUAUACCAGCAAAUCAAUAUGAUCUUGGGGCGGCCAAUCGGCCACGGCCAAGGCGGAGCUGGGCGGCCAACGACUAAACGCCUCCGAUCAAAGUUUCAGAUCAAAUUGGCUUUCUCUAAACUUACAAUAUGUAUGGGAAUUUACAGCUAGGGCACUGGGUUAACGAAAAUUGGGGGUUAGAAUAGAUUUGCAGGUGACUCGAAUGAAAGUUGGGAUCUGAAAAUUGGUGGUAAAGAUCAGUUAUCAAGGGCACGUGAAUUAUAUUAACAGCUCAUUACUUU